AUGCAGACUAUCAAUGGGGAGCUGCUCAAGGUGCAGGACACUUACUUUCGCAUUCUUGGAUUUAAUAUACUUGCUAGACCAGAGUUGUCGGGCUGGCGGCAACAUUGGCGAGCCUUGGGCCUAAUGCUCUCCUUGGCAAUGGUCCAAGCGAUGGUUAUUGCCUUCAGCAUACAGAAUCUGGAGAAUAUGGAUCAGCUGACAGAGGGCUUGGCCGCGCUGCUCAUCAAUCAGCUGGGCCUAUUCAAGUUCGGCCUCAUGAUGUGGCUGCACAAGGACUUUCAGCGGCUCGUGGCCAGGCUGCGAGAGCUGCUGACCGGAGGUACCAGCUGGGUAAAUUCACUCGAUUCUUAGUGCCUGUACAAGUUUGUGUCCUUUGAAGUGCCUGCCUGCAUCAUCGGCGAGGAGAAUCGGCGGGAGCAGCGGCUCAGCGGCAUCUACAAGAACUGCUUUAUGCUGGCGGCCAUUCUGAGCUCCUUGAAGCCCAGCGUGAGCAUGUGCCUCAACUAUUGGCGCACGGGUCAGCUACGGCUGGAGAUGACCUUUCCGUGCAGCUACCCCUGGGAUAAUCAACAGCUGCCUUAUGCGCUGCUCUCCUACGCCCUGAUUGCGUCCGCUAGCUUUGCCGUCGUCCUGCCCAGCAUUUGUGUAGAUACAUUUUUCAUGGCCCUUAUUCAUAAUCUUGUCGCCCUAUUUCAGACGUCGCAGCAUAAGAUGCAGCUCUUUCGAGCUACUGCGGGCAGCCAGGCACAGCUGGGCAAGAUCCUUGAUCUGCACAGACGCAUCCUGGACCUCAGCGCGGCACUGAACCGUUGCUUUCGUCUGCUCAUCUGCGUGCAGUUCGUGGUGGGCUCCCUGCAUUUGUGCGUGCUCAGCUAUACGCUGUUGGUUAAGUUCGACAAUGCCCAGAUGCCCUUCUAUGUGGUAUUUACCGUAUCCGUGCUCUCUCAGCUUUAUGUCUACUGUUAUUGCGGCGAUCGCCUGAAGACGGCGAGCACGGGCUUUGCCAAUGCCAUCUACGACAGCCCCUGGCAUGAGGCAGCCCUUGAUCCGGCCCUGGGUCGUUCGCUGCAAUUCUCGAUGAUGCGGGCGCAGCGCGGCAGUCGCAUCGAUGGCUUCUUCUUUGAGGCCAAUAUGGAGGUCUUUAUCUCGAUUGUGCGAACGGCCAUGUCCUAUUUCGCAUUGCUGAAAUCCAUUUCUAAGGGCACUGAAUGA